CGACUGGUCUAACAAUUCCACUAAUCAUAAUUUUUGCAUGGAAUAUCGCGUGAGGUCCAAUCCAUCAACAAUCAACAAUGAACUCUCGAUCCAACCUCCACGUACCCUAAUUGUUUGUUAGUCACUUUCAUCAUUCGAAGAAAUAUUCAAACUUUUAUACCCACAUCAUUUAAUUUUAGUUAAUUUCAUAGGAAAAUUUAUAACUAUCUAUAUAAUAUUUACUCUAUAUAUAGCACCAUGCACAAAAUCAUGAAACCAGAAAACCCCAAAUCACAUACACGCACACAAAAAAAAGGAAAAAAAAAAUAAAGAAACAAAACCUAAUUAACACCCAAUUAACAAUCAAAAAUGGCUUCUUCACAAAAAAUGCCAUUGAUUCUCAUCCUCACUUGCUCCCUCCUUCUCCAAGGAGCUCUAGGUGAGGUGAUAUGCGACAGCCUCCCGGCCGACCUUUGCUCAUUCGCAGUUGCAUCGUCCGGAAAAAGAUGCACCCUCGAGACCUACUUGAGUGUGGGCGGGAGCACGGGCUACACAUGCACCUCAUCGGAAGUGGUGGUCGAGCGAUUUUACGGGCACAUCGAAAGCGACGAGUGCGUGGCCGCAUGUGGAGUCGAUCGAUGGUCAGUCGGGAUUUCGUCAGACGCGUUUCUCGCUGGAGAUUUCGCCGGCCGGUUAUGCUCGCCGACGUGCUACCAAAGUUGCCCCAACAUCGUCGACCUCUACUUCAACCUUGCAGCCGGCGAAGGCGUACAUUUACCGACCUUGUGUAAAAGGCAAAAGUCGAACCCCCGUCGAGCGAUGUGGGAGCCUUUUAGCAGUGGUGGCGGUGUGGCCCUUAGUCCGGUGGGCUCGGCCGAUUACAUUAUUGGUGCACCUGCUUCGGCGCCAUUCGCUUACUAAUUUAUUUUAUCCAAUAUUAUGUGUGUGAGGUGUUACGUUCAAUAUUCAUUUUGAGUUAUAAUAGAGAUUAAUGGGAUUAUUUUGUUUUUUGUUUUGUUUUGUUUUGUUUUUUUUUUUAUUGGGGUUUGAUUUCAUAUAUUUGUGUGAUUUUUUUGUUGAUAUACACAUCCAUUUUAUGAUGAAUAAAUCGGUUUGUUUCUAUUUGUUGGGUACUCAAAUUGAUUUGAUUACUUUUGUUCUUUCAUCGACUUAAAAAACGAU